UUCAUUCGUACGCAGUGGUGAGAUAUCUGCGUGUUAAUACGCCGUGAAAUGUUUCCAAAGUUACUGACAAUGCCUUGUUUCUCUACCAUCAGGACACUUUAAACCCGCGUAUUAAAGCAUUAUCUGCUUCAGCAGCGAAGACUCAAAUCAGGCGCCGCGGCUAUCCUGUGCUCACACGACAGGAGCACAAUACUCACUCUCCAGUUCCAACAGACAUAUCUUCUAUUUCACUCUCACAGAGCUCGGCUCUUUGUGUGCGGUCACCAUGCCUGCCAAAUACUCACACGUGAAGAAGAGGACGACAAACCCCAAGAAAAAGGCCACUGCCACGAUUCAGUCCGGGAAAGACAGCAGUCGCCACAAAAAGCUCCCCAAUCACCUUGACAAGACGAUUACAAAUGCCAUGUCGGCUGUUUCGCAACUGGAGCGCGCUAUCGCGAAGAUCUUCCUGAUCCGCUUCGAACAAGAUAUCGCGCGCCUGUUUUCAACACACAUAUUCUGUGUCGCUCUUAUUCACCUACCCACAUUCAUGAUGCGCUGUAUUACCGUCGGCGGGUCCAGCUGGGUUGCUCAUAAUGCGGAUUGUGAGGAGAUCAAGGACUUCUUCCGUUCCGUCGUUAGUAUGGACUUGCGACAGGCUGGAGAACGAGUUUCGACAAAGAGCGUCUUGUGGUCCUAUACGGCUUUGAGAGAAUUCGCACUUUCUAAUAAUGUUCCUGUAUGCCGGAAGCGCGGUCUACACUCUCUUCGUCUACUUCCUCACUACGACUCGCUGAAGGUGCACAUGGACUCCCUGGAGGCAAUGCCGCAUGCGGCAUUUACUAAACCACCUCACCUCGGCGCCCUUACAGAAGGCUUGGAGGCCUUGGAGGAAGCAUGUGAGUUGAAGUCCACACCGCCUCCUGGAUGGGAUCAUCAGUGGCGCAUAAAAGUACGCAUGGGAUAUGAAAGGCUUGCUCAAACUCUGUGGCGAGUGGCCCGGGAGUUUGAUGUCAGUGGAUACGGCUGUGUGCUUCGGGAGAAGCUUACCACGAAGUGGUGCGAUUGUGGAUGUUCUACGGAUCACCUGGGCGAGGUCUGUGAAAAGACGGUACGGGAAGAUGAGGAGGGGAGCGGUGUCAGAUCCGGUAAGCAAAGAGAAUGGGAUGGGCGAGGAAGCGGCGUGUUGGGUUGGGAGACUGAAGAAGAAGAGGAUAUAUGGGAUAUCGAUCUUGAUUUUGGCGGGAGCGAUUCUGAAGAUGGGGAUGGCUUUGGGUCCGAAAUGACCAUUGCACAAAUGAUGGAAAUCAGGUUCAUCAAGGCAGAAAGAGAGAAAGAAUUCGGUAACGCCGCGUUCCGGCGAGGGGAGUAUCAACGCGCGGUAAAACACUACAAGGCAGCACAUUCAAUUGAACCAGAGCUGCCUCAUUAUCAACUCAACCUUGCCGCGGCCCACCUAAAACUCAACGACUGGCUUGAAGCUGAAGAGGCGUGCACAAAAGCCUUGGGACAGCAUCGAAGCAUAAAAGGUUAUUAUAGACGCUCGAAAGCACGUCGAAUGUUGGGUAAGAUAGAUGACGCUGUGCAGGAUUUACGUGCGGCACUGAAAAUACAGCCUUCAAACAAUGAAGCGCUGGAUGAAUUGCUGUCUAUUCUUCCGCCCGACGAUUCAUCACGUUUAGCUCCUUCAUCUUCAUCUCUUGCGACAUCCUCCUCCAGCACUUCACCAGCCCCUCGAAAUGCUGGUUCACUAUAUGACCACUUGCAUUUACCCAAACUGAAGCAAGCAAAACAGUUACCGUUUGCUCGAUCUAGCAAUGAUGAUAGGAAAAUUAAAAUUUCCUCGAUCCCAGUGUCCUAUGAAGUUCCGUUGAUGCCUGCCGGGAAGACUUCGACAGAGCUGAAGCCAAAGGAUCUCAAAACAAGGACGGAGUCGUUCAUCUUUCCAAGUUGGGAGAAGUACACGGUUAGGCUGGCUACUGGCUGAGUGUAUGCAAGCUAUUUUUCCAGACUGCGUGUUUUGUAUGCAGGCUUGUUUUGUUGUCACAUUAUGAGGAGCACCUUGGGUUUUGGCGAUUUGAUUGUUCUACCUCUUGUCUUGUGUUUGAUCUACGUACUCGUAGAGAUCUAUUUGAGAUGUUUUACACAGCCA